AUGGGUUUUGGCGUUGCAUUUUCAGGGCGUAAUCUCGGAUAUGAAGUAUACAAAAAAGAGAUGGGAGAGGGAAUGUUCAAAAAGAAGAUAGAGGAAUUCGAAAAGGUACACUUACAUUUUACUUUUCGUCAGACAUGCAUAACUCGCUUGUAAAUAGCCUGGUUUCCAUAACAUAAAACUAACGGAAGGACUGUGGACUGUGCUUUUCCGACGGAAAUUGUUCCAUCGCAUAAAAAUCCUUAUGUUUCUAUUGACGCCGCAAAAUUUUCUGUUUUAGUUACUGAUUUCGAGAAACCUGCUCGAUUAACUUUAAGUAGUAUUCAAUUGCGUCCUUUUCCUAUGCCACACCUUUUUUGCUUGUCCCUCCCCUCCGCAUGUCCAGUAGAAUAACUGCACAAGCACAUUUGUAUGUCAGACUUAAACCAAUUAUAGCGAGCUGAAUUCCUUUUGUUGUGCUGUUUCUUUGGAUAGCCUCUUGCUCCAGCUGGUUUUUUCUCCCAAAGCAAAAUCGCAUACGAUACCACCAAACUCAAGUUACUCUUCGGCUUGAAGGUGUUAGUCAAGGGACAGCGGGGCACACAUCCCAUUGGAGUUGGAGCCGAGGGAAUCGCAACUAUUGUCUCUAAUCCAAAGAUUCCACCGUGCGAGUUUUUCACACCGGGACGUUCUUACCCAGUCUGCCUCCGUCAUUCGACCAUACAGUCCGUGGAUGACGUAUUGAUUGACUUCUGUGGCGGGUCCAUAAGAUUUGCCAGAAGUGAUGAUAUGGAAAGUCCUUGCGAUAUUGUUAUGGGGACUGGAGAGACAACACCGUUGUGGAGCGCUCAGGCCAUUUUUGAUGCAGUGAAAGCCAAGAUUUCAAAAGAUUUGAAAACUUAUUUGCUGAUAGGACCUGACCAGUAAGUGAAUUGUUGGGCCAUUUAAACACUGAUUGUGAGGCGGAGGGCUAGUGUUUUCACCUCAUUCAUUUAUUUACUUGCUUUACUAUCUGCUAUUAGAUUCGUUUAGGGGACAAAGAACCCUAGUUUUCUUUGCCUCUUAUAUUUGGCUUUUUUGCCGAGUUAAUAGAAACUCUCAACUGGUAUACGAGAGGCACCAGUGGAUCCGCGUUGAAGUCUGAAUAAGUUUUGUUCGUUCGAUUUCCAGCUUAAUAUUUACCGAAAGAUUAUAAAUAAAUAUCUUGCAAUAAUGUUAUUACUUGCAUUUAAGUUUAGAGUAGUUUUCACUGACUUUUGUAAAACCAAAAUAAUCACAAUGAGGACUCAAAGUUAAAACAGGUAAACUACCAGUAGCGAGGAAAAACGCAACUAAUCUAUGAUUGCUUUCGUUUGUCGUCUGAUUUGUAAAUCAGAGAUUACUUUCUUCUCUCAAUUGAAAAUUGCUCUCUACGUGAGGAUCAUUUCGUCACAUUCAAAGAAACGAUAAAAUAACGGAGCUCUUAUACGAUGAACUUAACUUGUUUAGCUCUACAAUCACACAGAAGUAUGAAACCAGAUCAAAUCACACGUGAUAUGUUGUUUCGCGAAGUGUUAAAAACUUGUAGAAAGGGUUUUAAAAAAAGUCUUAAAAACUUUUUUACCUUAUUCUAGAAUUAUGAGAAUGUAUUUACUAUCUUGGAUUUACUUUGUCUUAAACAGCCUAAAAGCCAACAUUGGGGGCUUGCGCCAGAAGCCUGAAUCAUUUUACGACCAGCGUUACUACUCAGAGGUGAUUUUCGAAUUCAAAGCGUUCGAUGGUGUUAAGCGUUACGUCAGAUUCCGUAUGAUGCCCGCUGAUGGGCGGCCAGAAACAGGCUUAUUGUCUGAGGAAGUCCAGCAGCAUCCAUGGUGAGGAAUAGAAACAUCUGAAAAUCCUAGCCUCCUUAUCUUUGAACCCAAUUUUGAUAGAAUAUCUCAAACUGCAACCUUCAUUUGUAUCUUCCUGAGCUUCCAUUAGUAUCCCUUGCCUGGUUAAACCGUAGGAAGAGAAAUGCAUUCGUUUGAUUCGUUCAGUUCUUCCCCAGCUUCAAAGUAUUGCUCAUUGCUUUUGGUGGGUGUGGAUGGAGACAAGAAAGCAUUAGGAUAGUAUUUUUGGAUCCUCAUUGUAAACAGAUCCCACAAAACGUUUUCGCAUAUCAGAGUUAGGUCCGCCUCCUAAGUUUUAAACUGAUACAAACUGACAACUGGAGAUACGUGUUAGCCAGAGUUGUUGAGAAUUCAAUAUAAGCUAUGCUAUUAUCUUAUUCACGUUCUCUUGUUGCCUUCGAAAUGAAAGAGGAAUGGGAGAUCACCCGUUUAGACGAGGUGACAAUUAAUUCAAUGUGAUUACUACCUUUAUAUCUAUAGGCAAAACCGAGGUUUAUGGCGCGAAAAGUUCAGCUUGUCUUUCUCUCACCAAUAUUUGAGUGAAGUUGAAUUUUAUUUCGGGCUAAAAGAUUCCAUUCAGUGUAUUUCCUGCAAAUGAAAUAACCUAAAUUAAAAACAGGAUGUAAGUUUUCAAAGUCCGGAAUGAACAAACUCUGGUCCAAAAAAAGUCUAAUGGAUAUUUUAUCUCCUUACAGGAUAAAUGAAAGGUCACCCGAUGAGACAUUACCAAUGGACUAUCUCAAGCGUGAGUACAGAGAGAGAAUUUCCAAGGGACCACUCGACUAUAAGCUACAGCUGCAACUCCAUGAACCUAAGGACGGUGAUGUGCCAUGGAUACUUCAUGUCGGGAGGGAAUGGGACGAGGAAACGCACCCAUGGUUAGAUUUGGCUGACAUCAAAGUCACGUCAUUACUCUCUCCAACCGCAACGGAACGCCUGAAGUUUAUAUAUCUAAACCUUCCAGCGUCAAUUGGUCUUUUGCCAGCCGUAUCUGUUGAUGAUCCUAAUGUUGUUCUUCACAUUCGUAAUGAAGUGUACGUCUGGUCUCAGAAGCUACGGAAAAACAGAUCAAAUAAGCUUGUCCCAGAGCACCUCGCGUCCUAUCUUAUCCGUGUGGAAACUGGAUCUCAGUCUGGAGCAGGGACGGACGCCUCCAUUUCUAUUUCGUUGACAGGUGAAGUUACAUUUAAUAUACAUGACUUUUUUUUCUUUUUUUGCUUUACACACCAGCAAUUUAUUUUCUUUUAUUUUUCUUUUCCUCUGCAGGUACUAAAGGAAAGACAGAUCGUAUGAAGUUGGAUAACUGGGGCAAUGACUUUGAGAGAGGAGACGUUGACGAGUAUAUGGUAGAAGCGAUGGAUGUUGGCAAAGUUCUAAUGGUGCAUCUUCAUAACGACCAAGGUGGCUGGUGGUACAAAAAUGCUGAUUGGUUCGUCAACAAAAUUGCGGUGAUAAGUUCCACUCAGGAUGAACCAUUUGAGUUUCCAUGUUAUCGCUGGGUGCUAUCGGAUUUGGUAGUAUUUGAAGGAAGAGGUAAACUGAAACAAGAGAAUAGAAACUGUUUACAUCCUCUUGUCCGAAAGCAUUGUCCCAUGUUUGACCAUAAAAUUCAAAACUAAAGAAAAGACAAAAUGUAUUUCUUUUUUCUCGAGCUAUAAGCAUGCAGAAUAAAACGAUAAAUUCUCUACAGUUUUUAGCAUGUUCAUUUUGGCCUCAAAUAACAUCGGAAGCGAGAGAAGAUGCCAAAAACAUUUUUCAUCACUUUUAACUACUAUGAUUGUAAGCCGAUGAGGUAACAGCUGCAACAGGUCUCUUUGAACCUUUAUUUGCAGCUAUUCUUCCAUUUAAAGAGCAGCCAGAUGCCCUCAAAAGUCAGAGAACUCUUGAAGUGAGAAAUCGUCAAGAGCUUUACAAGUGGGGAAAUAAGGAAGAGUACAAGUAUCUUCCUGGGUAUCUUCAAGCUGAGACACACGCCGAUAUCCCAAGAGAUUCACAGUUUUCCGACGAGGCCAGGGGUACCUUAAAGGAUAACCAGCGCAAAGCGGCUGUCGACCUCGGUCUUACCUAUCUGACUUCUCUUUUCGAUAGCUGGGAUAAUUUUGAUGAUUUUGAGAAGAUCCUUCACAGAGCGUGUGAUGGUAGCGUACCAAAGAUCGUCGAGAAUGACCGAUGGAAGACCGACAAGGUAUUCGGCUCAAUGUUCUUAAACGGCGUUAAUCCCAACGUUAUCCGACGUUGUGAGAAGUUACCGAGUAAUUUCCCAGUCACUGAAGAAAUGGUGAAGACACUUUUGGAUCGAGGAAAGACACUGCAAGAAGAGAUGGAGGUAUUUCUCUUAAAUUGUCCGAAAAAUCUUAAUGAUAAGUAAGUAUUUCACCUGUACGAUAUGGAAACAAUUAAAAUGUAUUAUCUCAAAAUAAAAUCUGAAUCCUCGAAAGUCAUCAAACCAGUGAUAGGAAAAUGUAAACUGAAUUAAAUAUUAUAAGAUGGAACAGAGAUUUAUUUUUCCACCCGCCUAACAAUCAUUAUCUCACACAUUGUUCGCUUGUUUUUAUAAGGCAGGUCACGUGUACAUUGUUGAUUACAAGGUGCUUGAAGGAAUUCCUGAAAAGAAGGGAAAUCACUCGGCCCAACCUUUAGGGCUGCUUUAUGUCGAUAAAUCAGGUGACUUGGUGCCCAUCGCCAUUCAGUUACUACAGCAACCAGGCGACACCAAUCCAAUAUGGACUCCAAGUGAUUUACAAUAUGAUUGGCUGUUGGCAAAGAUGUGGCUUCGUUACGCUGACAAUACGAUUCAGCAGGUAUUUCGGAGAUCUCAGUAUCUCAUUACUGAAUUAGUCGUGUUCACCAAUCAUUUCUGACCUGUAAGAAUGGCUGAUUUUUUUCAUUAGGAAAAAUCUGACUGCCCUCCAAAGAGGGAUGACUUUGAUGUGGCUUUUGAUAACAGUUUUUGGUCUGAUGAAGAAAAUAAAUAAAUAGACACUAAAGAGUAGGUACUGAAAUAAGAUCCUACAAAAAUCGAAGAGUCAGUUAAAUAUUUAGACUUAAUAUUUCAGGUUUGUCGUUUGCUCCAUCAAAGCCAGACGUUAUUUCGAUGAUUGAUGAAAAAAAAAGAUGCGUCGUCUGAAUAGCAGUAUAGGUUACCUGACUAAAUUGUAAUUAAACCUUAACAAGAAAUGAACUUCAAGAGGUUAAGUCAUUUGACUAGAUUAGCGAACUUCCAUCUUGUCAAAUUGAUGGGAUGAAAGAAACCAUUUUUACCACAAAAUACUUGUCUGAUCAUCUCCCACUUUACAGAGACUCACUCAUCUUCUCGAAACCCACUUGGUAAUGGAAGCCUUUGCAGUGGCAGUCUGGCGCCAGUUACCCUCAAUUCAUCCUGUAUUUCAACUCUUAUUCCCACACCUUCGCUCCGUGAUGGCGAUCAACAAGCUUAUCAAAGAUUCUGCUCUAGCAGAGAAUGAACCUGUCAAACAAUUGCUAAAGAAAAGUUACCAGACGUUCAAGAUGAGCAUGCUUUCCCCACCCAAAGCGCUUAAAGAGAGAGGUUUGGAUGAUCCAGAUAAAUUGCCCAAGUUUUAUUACAGGCGAGUAUCCCACUGACCUAUGAAUGAACUGACUAAGUUUACGAGAGCAAUAACUUACAUGUAAUCAGGACUCAUGGGUUUACCAUAUUUUGUUAGGGAAUGAAGCUCCGCAAAGGUGUUAGGUUAUCAAGAUUUCAGACAUUUCAUGCGACCUAAGGGAGAAAAAAGAACUGAGACUCGGUGAAAUUUAAUAAAUUUGGUAUCUAAAUAAAUGCAUUAUUUUUUAGAUUUUGACGUAUGUGGGACGCUGAGAUAUUUCAUAAGUUAAUCCCAACUUUAAAGUCGAAUCAGCUGAGAUCCUCUUCGUUAAGUUAAACGCACAGUUUCGACAAAGGAACCGCUGGAGAGUUGCAAAUUUGUUGUAAAAGUGUUAGAAUCUCUUUUCUAGGGGAGUGUACUUCAGACUGGUUGAUACACAAUUUUAGUCAUUACUUUCGUGAUGUUUUUUUGGCUGCGACAUUCACUUUAGAGAAAAGAGUUAUUUGUAGGUGAUGAUUGCUUGACUUAGAUUUGUUGGAGAUUUGCAUAAUGUGACAAGCCGUUGCUUCCCGAUAAAAGAUAUUAAAUUUUCUUUUUUCCAGGGAUGAUGCGCUCCUUUUAUGGUCAGCCCUCACAAUUUUCGUCAGAGACAUCAUCACCCUUUACUACAAGUCAGAUGAUGAUGUUACUAAGGACGUGGAGCUUCAAGCAUGGAUUAAAGAUUUACAUGACAACGGCCUCCCUGUGAGAGAGGGUGACGAGGACCAUGAGGUUCCAAGUGCCUUGCAAACACGUGACCAACUUAUCGACCUACUCACAAGCGUGGUCUUCACGUGCUCGUGUCAGCAUGCAGCGGUAAACUUUGGUCUUUUGGAUGUGUCAGGCUUUAUUCCCUUCACUCCCUCCGUGAUGCGUAAGCCACCUCCUACUAAGAAAAACCAGACGUCUCUAAAGACCAUUCUUGACACACUGCCAAGCAAGAGUGAGUCCCUUAAACAAGUAGCGUUACUUUACGUGUUGACGCGAUAUGCCGAGGAUGAGGUAAGCUUUAAACAAGAAUUGCCUCAUGAAUUUUAGCCCGUAAUCUUAGUCUAUUAGACUAUUUAGUACGUACGACUACCGCUAAAAAAUGUAGAUAAUUCGGUCAAGACUCCAGUUUAAAAACCUAGCUGUCGUAAGUGAAAUGGCUUCUCUCUUACUUGGGUUCUGCAAAGGUCCUCGAAUGUGAUAAGGUUCCCUUCCUGUCUUUCCUGCGUCUUUUUCAAUGUGCAUUAAAACUUUCCAUUGCAGAACAACUAACAGAAUCAACAGUGUGUGUUCCCGAAAUAACUAGCCGUUUUCAAUAGAAUUAGCGUUUGAAAAGAUACAGAGAACUCUUUUCUGUUUCGGAACCAAUGAUUGUUUCCCCUUGCAAGAGGUUCCAUUGUGUCAAAUUCACAAAGGUGAAAACAUCAACGUGUUGAAGUGCAAAUUUGCUUCAAGUGUACUAAGAACAACGUCUUUUCCUACUAUAGCGUUUUAUUGGCGACAUUACACACAGCCUUUUGACUGGUGACGAGGAAGAUGCUGCAAUGAGUCGCUUCCAGACCGUUUUACAAGAGAUCUCGGAUUCCAUCAAGGCCCGCAAUGAGUCGUUGGAAUUGCCUUACACCUUUCUGUUGCCCGAACGAAUUCCCGAUAGUAUUGGCGUCUAAAGCGCUGACAGUAUUUGAGGAUUUUUUUCUUAAAAAUAUCACACAGCGAUUUUUGUGUGUCGUUCAGCACGUGUCGUGCUGCAGAAUGUUUGACUUUUUCGUAAUGCACACCUUAAAACCAUAACUUAGCUCUCGUUAAAUGUGGAGAGGGUUUGUAGCAGUGAAAGAAUAUCUUUGGUAUGGCAGAGACAAUCAGCUUAUUAUUCGUUCAAUUUUGUAGUGUAGUUCUGUGCGUGAUCUCAGAAUAGAAGUUGUUUUGUAAAACUAAAACAGUCACAUUUUGUAAGGUUCCUCUUUUGAGAGGAGCGUUAGAAGCAGUAGUUGUCUUCUAUUACAAUCGUCAUGUCCUAGUCAUCCAUUAUUCAAAUUUUUCAGGUAACUUGUUUUUUACCAUUUAACUUUCAUCAGUGAACAAGACAGAAUUUCUCCUUGUAAUGUCAAUACUGAUGAGUAAAGUGAUGAGAAUAAAGAAAAAUUUCAGUUAGGAGAUUAUAAGUUGAUCAGAACCAAAUUCUUCAAACUAACAACUAACACAAGAACUGUACAGGAGACAGUAAGGAGAAUUACUAAUGAGAUCUUGGGAGUUAAAGGGUUAACCUCAAAUUUCAAGUUUUAUCCUGGUUUGAGCUCUUUUUCCCAAGACAGAGGUUUUUAUUUUAAGUUAUAAUAAAGUUCGGAUAUAACGCGCACUGGCAUUGGUUGAAAGAGCGUGCUCUAUGAGAGUAUAGAGCAUAGAGCUGAGCUAAAGCUGUCACGCCAUCUGCCAAACUGUACUAUGUUCGAGCUUUUCCGGGACUUCUUUUUAGCUUUUUUCCGAUAAUUGAAAGUGAAAUUUCGGAACUGAAGCGAGCCGACAAGUAGCAACAGAUCA